CUCGCCAAGUUCAAGCGUAUAAAGGCAGCUAGAACAAUCAGCUCAAAGGCAUCAAACACCACUCGCCUGUUUAUCAACUUCCUCAUCUGAACACCAUGCACGCUUCAUUCUUCACCGCCAGACUCGUUGCGCUUGCCACCAUUGCCUCAGUUGUCUCUGCUCAGACAAAUAGUGAACUCCCUGCUGGUUGUGACAGUGCUGUGGCUGUUCGAGCUGGAGAUACAUGUGACACAAUCGCUGCAGAAAACAAUGUUUCCACAUACCAGCUGUCGGCAGUCAACAAAAUCAUUGAUCCCGGUUGCGAUAAUUUGGCAGUCGGAGAGGUGUUAUGCCUUGGAAUCAAAGGACAGGAUUGCAAGGUUACCUAUAUUUUGAAACCCAGCGACACGUGCUUCAGCGUUGCUGAAGAGUAUGGGAUCCCGCUCAGCACGUUGCUCGCGAACAACCCGAACGUGGGCCCCGACUGCACUAAGGCGUAUGCUGGCGAGGUUCUCUGCACUGCAAGCCAGAUCUAUGUGAACACCACCACAUCAAAUUGAGCUGAGAAGCUGAAAGCAGAUGUUUUUAAUUUUUACAUUAGUAUGUCUGGGAAACUCGCCAGCUAACAUAGUACAUACUAGAACCUUUUCGUUUGCCUUGAACACUCGUUCUCCGUUUCCCCCCGGUCUCUUACACCCGAAUGGGGGUAAGAACACAUUCCUUACAGUCGUACUAUAGAACUCACCCGAGUUCAUUCUAUUUAGACGC